AUGCGGGACUUUGACGUUAUGGAAAGAGAGCUCCGAGACUCCGCGAAGUACCCAACAGUUGCUUUCGUAGAAAACCCAUUGGACCAAUCAGAGAUAGCGACAGUAAACGCUUAUCACUCAGCCGCCAUAACUGAUGUCUUGCAUGAGUUAGAUUGGGACGUAUUUGUCAUACUAAGCGAAGAAUCUCUCGAGCACAGCCACAUGGCAAAUGCACUGAAGAAAAGAGCGAUAUCCAAGAGUCUUUGUUUGAUUGCACAUAUCCAGUUUGAACCUGACAACUUUUGGAAAAUCCAAGAUCAACUGAGCAGGCACGAAGGCCUUCCGGUGGUAUUAAUAUCUAGUCAGGUUUCCAGAAAGAAGGCAUUUGAUUGGCUCAAAAAGGAAAAGAGCCUCUUCAAGUGGGUUAUCAGUGUAGUGAAUGAAGAAAGAAUAGAUGUUGAUACGAACGACUUCCCCUGGGGAUCAAUAUUAAUCGACUCGUCUGCUAAAUGGAAUGACCAUUUCUUCAACGACCUUGUUGACUCUGUAAAUAGUCCACGCAUCGAUAACGAUCGUUCGUCUUGGUACCGCGAUCUGUGGCGUUUAAGGUUCGAUUGCUACUUACGACCCAGUGACCGUCGUUUCAGUAAUGCAGACACAGCCUGUCCUUCAACAGCUCCAGCCUCUGACCUUGAACACGUGACAAGGUCAGCCUCCUACGUCAUCGCCUCCGUGGACUCCAUCCUACACGGUGCGCAUGAGCAGUACAUGCAGUUGUGUCCUGAAGCUUCCGGUAUCUGUGACGCGUUCGGAGCCCUGCUACUAAAACGUCCACGGUUUACGACGGACGUUAUUUUUCAGUAUCAGCUUCAUGAAAUAGAGUUCCGCUCUGGUGGAACCUUUCUGCCGACGCUCUUGGUCUAUAACGUGCAAAGAGGGAAAAUAAUAGAAUUCUGUGGCGGGAACUUCACCAAACCUGUGUCCGCCGGUACGCGCUCCUGGAAGUUGUCCACGAUCGCUCCACCGCGCGGAACCCACAGCGACAAGCCCCACAGGAGAACUGGACGCUAUUCGAUACUCAUCCCCGUCGAGGACUCUUCGGAACCUCUCAAUCGAUCUGUGCUCGAUAUAGAAAUCGAGAGGGAAGUUGGACAGUAUUUCAAAUCUUCCCUGGACAUGAAUGUAACGAGCGUCCGCCUCUACUCGUCAUCCGGCGAUGAGAUAUCACAGAUGCCCCUCGUGCAGUGUCCAUACCCCUGCAAAUGUCAGGGCGACAACGCGAGUGCAGGGGCGGCGCUGGGCCUCCUGCCAGAGGAUACGCACUGGGCCACACGGGGAGAGUUCAAAGAGGAGCUGUGGGCCAUAAUCGUGGUGUGCAUCGCUGGAGUAGGAGCUGUGACGUCAAUAAUUCUUGGCAUUUACGUUGUGUACAAAAUAUGCAAAGGAGCGCUGGCGCGGAGAUAUGUCGGCUUAGGCUUGUUGCUGCUUCUCUCGUUCCUCAUGCUCUAUACAGCUGUAGUGCCUUUUGUAUUCACGCCCAACGAGGGCGUCUGUGGUGUAAGGUUCCUCUUCACCGGCCUCUGUCACGCUUUGUGUUAUUCUGUCGUUCUGGUCAAGCUGAUGACCCUUCAGAGCUACAAAAUGAUCGGUUUGGGAGGGGAAGUGUCUGGCCUUAAUCAGAUGCUCACUGUCUUCUUCAUGGUUGCUGUCCAAGUGGCUAUCGGCGUCCAGUGGUGGACAUACAACACCCCGACCUAUCGCACAGAGCUAGAUAUCGUUGCUGGGACUCUAAAGUACGCGUGCAAUUUUGACCGUGAAGACUUUGCGAUGUACUUCAGCUACGACAUGUUUCUGCUUCUGAUCUGCUCCCUGUAUUCCAUUGCAGUUCGGAACGAAAAGAAAAAUCUAGGCGAAGCCAAACUUCUUCUAGCCUUCUGCUGGUUGUCUAUGUUUAUUUGGGCUGCCUGGCUCCUUUGCCUCUUUUUCCUUGACAGAAAGUACGCUGAUGCUAUCAUCUGCGCAGGCCUUUUGGCUGAAGCCACGUCUGGAAUCCUAAUUGUAUUCAUCCCAAAGGUCCGACAGGUGGCGCGGCUUCGCUAUGAUUUGUCACAGAAGGGCCCUUUUCGCAACGGUUAUAGUGUAGACACUGAUUUUUUGUACGAGCGCCCCUAUUCCCUGCCUGGUACGCUUACCAGUACCUACUCCGCCAAAGUCAAUUAUCCAAAGACGUUCUCCAAUUUUGACUCAGAAAUGAAUUAUUGA